AUGUCCCUCAAUCGAUCUAAAUUCACCGAGUACAAACAAACGGCCCGAAACUUCUGGGCUGGAAAACCCCGGUUCACCGAAGAAAACUAUCCUUCUCUUGAUGGAAAGACCUUUCUGAUCACCGGAGGCCAUUCGGGAGUCGGACUCGAAAGCACCAAACUGCUCAUUUCCAAGGGCGCUAAGGUGGUCAUUGUGGGCCGCAGCAAGGAUAAGGCCCAGGAGGUGCUCGCGGAACUUCCUAGCCAACAGUACGAGUUCGUGGAGGCCAACCUCGCAGACUUGACCACAAUCAAGGCUGCCGGCGAGUACAUUCAAAACAACUACCCCGAGCUCCAGGGAGUGAUUCUCAAUGCCGGCGUGAUGAUUCCCCCUUACUCCAAGACUCCUCAGGGCCAUGAGCUUCAAUGGGGCACCAAUGUGGUUGGACAUCAUGCUCUGAUGAAGUACCUUGGUCCCAUUCUCAUCCACACCGCCAAGAGUUCUCCCAAGAACUCCGUUCGGGUCAUUUGGGUCUCUUCUUCCGCCACCGUCGUGUCUCCCUACGAAGGAGGUAUCAACUUUGACGACAUCAACUUGGACAAGGUGGACUCGCCUAACGACCAUAUUCUCUACUCGCAAUCCAAGAUUGGCAACGCCUACCAGGCCUAUCUGUGGUCAAAACACCAUCCCGGCUCUGGAGUCGUUUCAGUGUCUGUAGAUCCUGGCAACCUGCGUUCCAACUUGCAGCGCCACGGAAAUGGCGUGCUGUUUUACGUCCUGGAUUACUUUCUGUACCCCGCCAAGUUUGGAGCGUACACGGAGCUGUCUGCUCUUCUGAACACCGAGGUCAGAGACACGGACCAUCUGAUUCCCUGGGGCCAGGUCGGACAUCUUCGAAACGAUGUUGACUACUGUCGACGAGGUGACAAGGGCGAGGCGUUGUGGCAGCAGCUUGAUUCAGACGUCAAGGAUUUUGUUGCAAAGCUUUAG